AGAUAUGAUGACCUUGCGCUACGCUCCGCUGUCAACGGAAUGGCAGAUUUCCAUUGGUGCCUUAAUACCAAAUGCGAUUCCGGCCAGAUCGUAUGCUCAGGCGCGACUGGCUUCUUCCAGUGCCUGGCUUGCGGUCAUAAACAGUGUCUGAGACACAACACCGAAUGGCACGAGCAUGAGAGCUGCACCCAGUACGACUACCGAACCAAGGGACUCAUGGGGAUCAUGGGAAAGGAUGACGAGGAGAGGAGCGAAAAGUGGAAAAGGUCGGUGACAAGAAGGUGUCCAAAGUGCGCGGCCCCGAUCGAGAAAUCAGCAGGGUGCAAUCACAUGUACUGUGAGUCUCCAUACUUUGUUGCAUCGGGAGUACUGCGUUCUCGGCCGACUAACUGA